GACAGAGAGAGAGAGCGAGCGAGCGAGAGAGAGAGAGAGAGAGAGAGAGAGAGAGAGAGAGAGAGAUGAGUUCGAAGGUGAUGAAAAAAUCACCUUCUUCCCAAGAAAAUGUCCGCAGGGUAAUUAGGGCAACUAUAAAGCUUUUAGUGGUGCUGGUGUUUAUGGGAACUAUUCUCAUAUGGAUUAUGAUGCCCACUAACACUUUUAGGCAAAAAUGGCGGAUUCAAAUCAGAGCAAAGUACAAUAACUCUAAGUAUUUUGGCUCACAAGGUUCAAAUCUUCUGAUAUACACAUUCCCUAUAUUAUUCAUUGCUGUUUUGGGUUGUAUUUACCACUAUCUUGGGAAAAACUUGGAUCAUAAUAAUCUGCCAAGAAAAAGAUGGUUGGGAAAAUUGGAAAAACCUAUGCUUGUAAAAGGGCCCCUGGGAAUUGUUUCCGGGAUAGAGCUAGCUUUCUUCAUCAUGUUCAUAGCACUCUUAAUUUGGUCUUUCUCAGCUUAUCUGUACAACAGAUUUGCUCAAAUUAGCCCAAACUCAGCUGCCAAGAAUGGUGAGAAAGUAUGGGAAGCAAAAUUGGAGACAUCAGCACUAACAUUAGGGCUUGUUGGGAACAUAUGCCUAGCAUUUCUAUUCUUCCCGGUGGCACGUGGCUCGUCCGUGCUACCACUCCUUGGCCUCACGUCUGAAGCAAGCAUAAAGUUCCAUAUAUGGCUUGGACACAUCUCCAUGGUUCUCUUCACAGCUCACGGCCUUUCUUACAUCAUCUAUUGGGUUGUUACCCAUAAUAUCUCACAGAUGAUAAAAUGGGAUAAAUUUGACGUGUCAAAUUUAGCUGGAGAGAUAGCUUUGGCAUGUGGACUUGCAAUGUGGGCAACGACAAUACCUCGCAUAAGACGCAAGUUCUUUGAGCUCUUCUUUUAUACCCAUUACCUUUACAUUUUCUUCGUCAUUUUCUUCAUCUUCCAUGCUGGCGUUUCCUACUCUUGCAUUAUGCUCCCUGGUUUCUACCUCUUCUUGGUAGAUCGCUUUCUAAGAUUUUUACAAUCUCGAAGUAAUGUUCGUUUAAUUUCUGCUCGCAUUUUACCUUGUCAAGCUGUGGAGCUCAACUUCUCCAAACAUCCACGGUUGAAAUUUCAUCCAACCAGCACAAUGUUCAUAAAUGUGCCCAGUGUUUCCAAGCUUCAGUGGCAUCCUUUUACUAUUACUUCAAAUAGUAAUUUGGAACAGGAAAGGCUAAGUGUUAUGAUCAAAAGUGAAGGAAUUUGGUCUAAGAAGCUCUACCAAACGCUUUCAUCUUCUGUCACAAUUGAUCGGCUAGAGGUAGCUGUGGAAGGACCUUAUGGACCUGUCUCAACUUAUUUUUUAAGGCAUGACAUGCUUGUGAUGGUAAGCGGAGGCAGUGGCAUUACCCCAUUCAUCUCUAUAAUCCGGGAGCUAAUAUAUGCAAGCUCAAUCCAAAAAUGCAAAACCCCUAAUGUGUUAUUGGUUUGUGCAGUCAAGAACUCUAUUGACCUCACCAUGCUAGACCUUAUUCUUCCUCUUGGAGACUCAGCUAACAUGUCCAAUCUACAACUUCAAAUUGAAGCUUAUGUAACAAGAGAGGAAAAACCCGAUCCAAAAACCCCCGCUCUCAUUCGAGCCAUAUGGUUCGAGCCCUAUGUAACCGAUGCACCCAUAUCGGCCACAUUGGGUCCAAAUAGCUGGCUCUGGCUAGGUGCCAUUAUAGCGUCAUCCUUUAUAAUUUUCCUCAUCAUAAUUGGACUUGUUGGCUGCUUCUACAUUUACCCAAUUGACCAAAAUUCCAAUACCAAAUUCCCUUCCACUUUGAAAGCUCUUCUAAAUAUGCUGGUCAUUUGUUUUAGCAUAGCCUUGACAACUUCUUUGGGUGUCUUGUGGAACAAGAAACAGAAUUCCAUUGAAACCAAGCAAAUCCAAAACUUAGAUUUGUCGUCUCCAACGACAUCGAGGCAAUCACAUAUUAUCAAUGAAGAUAGAGAGUUGGAGAGUCUUCCUCAACAAUCUCUUAUCCAAGCUACCAAUAUUCAUUAUGGGAAUAGACCGAACUUAAAAAAAAUUCUUGGGGAGUGCAAAGGAUCUAGUGUUGGAGUUCUUGCUUGUGGACCAAAGAAGCUGAGGCAUGAUGUUGCAACCAUUUGUUCAUCAGGGUCUAUAGAAAAUUUGCAUUUUGAGUCCAUAAGUUUUAGUUGGUGAUGAUUAUGCAUUAUGUUUACAUGGCAAUGCAAACAAGUUUAUAGAUUAAGAAAUCUAUAAGAGAAUGCAAACCAUUCAAAAACAAAAAAUAUUAAAAAAUAAAAAUUUGUAGAGAUGGAUAAGCCAUGAUAAGCUCCUUAGGACCGAAUAGUCUUUCAUGCAAAUAAACAGUAGUAUGUGAUAAUGCAACGAAUGUAGAGUGAUUAAGAACGGUUGUAUUUCUCCUAUUUUUGGAUCAUAUCAGUGAAGAAGGGAUUUCUUGUUA